AUGGCUCCCGAGUACAGCAACGCCGCUGAGAACUUGAGUCCACUCAUCCUAUUCUAUGCAGUGGGCUGCGAUGCCGAGUUGAACAAGCAGUUAUGCAGAGAACAGGGUGUUCAAGGGUUCCCAACUUCGCUCAACGUCUUCCCUCGUGCUCAUCCGCUGGGCCUCGCGCUCCGUGCCCAACAAAGUAAAACUCCACCCGCACAUCUACAACAUCCCAGUGUGACUCGAAAAGGGUUGGCUCUCAACUUGAUCUCCUGGUGGCCCCGUGUGACCCCGCGCCUCCCUACAGACCUCCCAGGCGUCGUUAUUUUAAAUAAGGACAAGAAGCUCCCGCUACUCUGGGAGGUCCUUGCGAAUAAUUACUGCAAGAGGAUGACGUUUGGCUAUCAUACAAACCCGGAUAGUGCGUUUGCGUCAUCGUUGGGGUUCCCUACGACUGUCGAGGGAAGGACGUCAUUGGGUCAGCGUGCCGGUCUUGUAUGA